CAUUCAGAAAGCUUUUAUUCACUCAAAAUGUAGGCUUACCUGCUUGCUGUGAGAUUGAUUGAUUAAUUGAAUUGUUAUACAUUAAAAUGAGGCUAUUCGAUGUGGAAUACAGUGUGAUCAUGUGGAAAUACAGAAGGAGAAGACAUUCUAGCCUUCACAACGGUAUGAAUUGAAAAGAAUCAAACCAACUGUAGUUCGAAUCACUUCCAGGAAUCGAUUCGGUAAAGUGACUCGGAUGGACGCUCCUGUCACGCCGUUCACGUGGAAGUGCCGCGGUUUGGACAGGGCAUGCCAUGAUUAAGAAGCUAAUUUGAUGUGAGCGAUGCGAACUGAUCUAAUUGGUCAUGAUUAAAUCUACCCCUUUAUUAAUCUGACAGGGUUGAUUUGUUUCACCCCUCUUGUGAAAAUGGGAGAAUUGCACCGGAUCUGCUGGAGGCUGUCACUUCAGCUCGGUAUUCUUGUAAUAUCCUAUUCAAGUUUCAUCCAAAGCAGCCCAGGUGCUAUCACACUCAUAAACCCUCAUGAGUCUCCAGUCUCAGUCCACCCUCUGUGGGUCCAGUACUCCUGCAGUGAUUCAUCGAUGGUCCAUCUGCAGGUGUUGGUCUCUUUCGACACCGGAACCACAUCUGUGAUCGUCCAGAGACGGUGGGAGUGUUCUCCUGGUGCCCACAGAACCCGUGUUGUGAAGAUGCAUCUCCCUGACUGGUUGGUUUAUCAGCCUGACUGGAGGAUACCGAUGUCUGACUGGGUACUUAGCUGUUUUGUCCGUGUCUGGAUGAGCAGCGGUGUAUCGUCUGAGCCGAGCCGGGAGUCUCUGGCCAGCGCAGUGGAAACUUUCACCAUCCUCAAUCCUCCGAGUCGGACGUUUAAAGAGCACCUGCUGUGUCCUAGCUGGGAGACGGAGAUGCUUUGGAAAGCUCGGAAAUCUGAGUGUCCAGUGGAAAACGAAGUCGCCAGUUUGCUGUCCUCGCUCUAUGGGUCCACUGGGGAGAACUUUGGCAUCACUAGAACGCUCCAUCCGUACACGAAUAGAUUACUGGAAGGACAGCGCCUCAAAGUCAUUACAUAUCCAUGGUGUGCCUUCUCUCUUUGGGUUUUAUUAGACAGACAAUGUAAAGAACAUCUGUGUGGGAUUUUACACCACAUAGACACGAAGGAGAAUUACGUCAGUCCAUCUUUGUUUCUCACAAGUACUGGUCACAUCCACUUGCAGCUGGAAUUAGAGAACGGGUCGACUUCAGCGUUUCUGUCUUCCUUCACACUUCCUUUGCACCAGUGGUGCCUUCUGAGUCUGGAGCUGACUGGAAGAAUGGGGAAAGUCACCAUCGUGUGUAUUGAGGGACAUGAACAACCUGUUGAAGACUCAUCAGAAUACAUGUUUCGUACGACAGUAAAGUUGGAUGAUACAGACGGAUAUUUUGUGGUUGGUGGAGGUAAAUUUAUAAGAGGCAUUGAAGGGUUUUAUGGUCCAGUCACGUAUUACAGAUCAAGAAUUCCAUCUUUUAACAUGUCUGAGCUCCGGCUUCCUCAGACAGUACGGAUGGUGAAUAUAUCUGGAUGGUUACAAUCCUGUCAGCAAUUUCAAACUGACCUUGAACACAAACUAUCCGAGUUUUCACGUGAAAUUGCUGCGAAGACACAGGGAGAGAGAUGUGUGGAUGUAUACACAGAGCUGACACUGAAAACCAAACCAACAUCCUCGAGGACACAGUGCAGCCCCGAUGAAGCACUGCACAGUCCUCAGAGACGACCGGUGGCUCGGCUGGUUGAGAUAAUAUUCAACAAAUAUGGCUCUGUGAGUCCAGCAGCCGUUGGCAGAGCUUUGUAUGCUGUGGUGCUGCGUAUGAUGGAGAGAGAAGAGAGCGUGAAGUCAAUAAGCAGGCUGAUGCCUUCUCUAUUACAAGCAGGGUGUUUAGGAGACAACCGAGCUCUCCAUCUCGCUACGGUGCUCUACAGCAGUGGGCUUGGUGUUAAGAAGCAGCCCUAUAAGGCCUGGCUGCUCUCAGUUUUGGGAGCUCAGAAGGACUGGAGGCUGGCUCUCCUCCGGCUGGGGCACCUGCACCGCGUCGGUGAUCAGGGCGUGGCAGCAGACCCUGACCUCUCCUACGCGUACUAUUCCAACAUCGCCAGGCAAACCUCAGCUGACCGCCUCAAGCCUUCCUCACAACAGACGUUUGUCGAGUCAAUACACCUGUAUGACGAGGAAAUCCUGAAAGCCCAAACCAAUGAGGAUGACGACAUCUUUCAGUGGCUCAAACUCCAGGCACGCAAUGGUGUAGCAGACGCGGAGCGAGCAGUGGCUCGGAUGCUGUUCUGGGGUCAGCAAGGUGUAAGUCCAGAUAUCCAGACGGCAGUGAGGCACUAUGAGAGAGGAGCCACCAGACUGCGGGAUCCUGUGUCUAUGUACGACUACGCCAUCGUUCUGCUCACGGGCCAAGGAGUUCCACAAGAUGUGCCAAAAGCUGUCACUUUCCUGAAAAAAGCAAUGGAACAGGGCUUCGCUCCAGCCAUCACGGCUUUGGGUUGGUACUACGAGCAGUUUGAGAAGAACUAUGAGCGAGCAGCUGAGCUCUGGGAACAAGCUGAUCAGCUGGGAAAUCCAGAUGCUGCUAUGAAUCUAGGAGUCCUUCACUCUCAAGGCCUUUAUCCUGGACAACAACCUGACAAAGUUAAGGCGUAUAAGUACUUUCUGAAAUCAGCCCAGAGAGGCCACGUCAACGGAGGCAUUGAGCUAGCCGAAAUUUGGAGUCGAGGUAUUCCUGGCUACGUGGCGCGACAUCCAUCAGAUGCUGUUCUGUGGGUGAAGUGGGCGUCCGAGCAGAAUGGAUAUCUAGGUACAGCCUUGAGGAAAGGCCUGAAUGCCUAUCUUAAGGGGAACUGGUUCAUGGCACUGGUUCAUUACCUGAUAUGUGCCGAGUGUGGAUUUGAAGCAGCUCAGUUUAACGUAGCGUUCCUGUGCGAGCACAGUCCCCAUGGAUCCUUGAAUCCAGCAUUUAUAACACAGUGUAUGCUACGAUACUACAAUCUCUCCAUUCAGAGCCAAGAUCCUUCACCUUAUGCUUUGGUUAAAAUGGGAGACCUGCUCUAUGUGGAGCACACACUGGGCAAAAGAGACCUUUCAGAUGUAGUUGAGAUGUACAAAGAAGCAGCACUCAAAAACAACCCACAGGGCUGGUACAGUCUGGGGCUGCUUGUUCAGGAAGGUCACAGAUUACCAGCCACAGUACUCUCAGAACUAAAGCUGCUGCAACAAUAUUGUUCGGAUAAAUACACCCUUCUUACCAGCCUGUACCACAGAUGCCGAGACUCUAACAGUGAUGAGGCGUACCUCCCCUGUACUCUUGCUCUGCUUGCUGCACACUUAGACUCCAUACAAACACUUGGACCUCCUACUGUGAAGCUCCUGAGCGCCGUGGCGGUUGCUUUCGCUACUCUCACCUUUUUCAAACUCGUCCCCGUGACCCUUCGUCAGAGGUCAGCAUCAUCCGAGAGCAGUGACGCACCAGAACAGGACGAGACUCCGGUGGACUGAGUGGCAUACGGCGCUAGUGUCAAACCGCAUGAGAAACAGACCAACGAACACGGACCAAGAGGAUUUCAUUUCAUCAUGGUUUGAAAGACGAGCCAUUGAGGAGUUUUUGAAUUGUCACUAUUACGUCUUUACAUUUCUGAGCUUUGACCACUGAGAUUGAUUUUAAGGAUUCAUCAAAGAUGAAAAAGAGUUAUUGUUACCAUCCUGAAUUUGAUUAUCUUCAUAUAACUGAACAUCCUGAAACGUUUUGUUCCUCUGAUACCACAGAAAUCGAUUACAUUUGUUAAAUUUAUUGACACGUCAUGUUUUUAUAUCCUUUCAUUGUUGCAUUCAUAGAUAUAGUCCAUUAAACAAAGAAGUUCCUAUUAUCACUUACGUUAUAGCAGCUAUAAACACUUAAAACCAAUCAAUUCUGACCAUUUGAACAGAAAGAAAAGUCAGGCGACUCUGAGAACAGAACUGUAUUUUAAUGACCAAGGACCAAGAGCUAAUUAUAGUGAUUCGCUAAGAAAUAUAUGUACACAGCUGCACUUUUCCUAAUUAAUACAAUCUGCACAAUAUAAACCCCCAUUUGCACACAUCUUCUCAUCAGUAAACAUACAGGUGGAUUGGGGGGGGGGGUUCAGUGAUGUUUGUUAUUAGGUUGUUGUUGUUUAGAUUUGCACAUGCCCUGAAUGUUUAUGGAGUGUGUGUGCUUUCUGAUCUGCUGGUGGGAUUAACGAGCUGCAUCUCUAGCAUUGAGUAAACACAGAAAGCACAGCAGACUGAAAGACAUUCAAGCAUGAGGUCUCAUAACACUGAAAAAAAAAAUGCACAGAAAAGAGCCCUUUUUUUUUUUUUUUUUUUUUUUAAAUAAAUUUGUAGCUGUGUUUUGAUGUCUUUUAAAUAAAUAUAACAUGAUAAUAACAUGA